AUGUGGAAUCAAACCAACCCACAUCAAAAUAGGCCAUUGAGCUUUGAUAGCAUUUGGUCAAAUCAACCCUCGAACAUAUGGUCAGGUGGCACUGCAAAGAGGGCAUCUGUACCUGGAGCCAACGGAAGUGUUCCUUUGAGUUCACCUCCAGACUUUUUACGGCUGGCACAACAUCAACAACAGCCACAACAACUUCAAUCAUUGCCUCAACAGCAACAACCGCAGACGUUCUUUUCUUCGCCUGCUAAAAGAAAUUCUUUUGGAGACGCCUCGACUACUUACUCUUUUAGUCCAAACAGCUCUCCAAACGCUGAUUUUAACCCCUUGAAUAACCCUAACGUAUCCCAAUUUGAGUUGAAUUUGAGAAGGCAUUCUAUAGGUGAUGUUUACAGUUUCCCAGGUACAGGGCAACCUUUUGGGGCCCAAAGUGUACCUUGUGCUCACCAGCAUCAACAGCAACAACAACAACAACAACAACAACAACAACAACAACAACAACAACAACAACAACAACAACAACCACAAGUACCGCAACUGCUGUCUCAUCUGAAGAAUUACCAUUACAUGAAUCCUCAGAAUGAUUUGAAUGCGACUUUCGAGUUGGUCAAUGACUAUUUUGAACUGGAUCCUCAUGAGAGAGUAAAGGUCACAGUGAAGAUGCUAGAGGAAAAGCUUUUUGAGGAAAGAAAGUAUUUAUCUGAUGCAUAUCAGUUACCUAAGUUCCCUGUCGAGGAGUCCUUGAAAAGCUACGAGUUGGUCUUAAUUGGAUUCAAAGCAGGCAGAAUAGAUAUUGCUUAUAUGCCUCAACAGAAUACCAAUGGGGCUGAUUUGUCAAAUUUGAAGGUAGGAGACUUGGUUAUUGUCGAAGCUGACAGAGGCAGAGAUUUAGGUAAGGUGUUUAAGAUGAAUAUUUCGGUUGACGAGGCUCGACUUCUUAAACUUUUACAAUACCAGGAGCAACAGGCUGCCCUCAAUGAGAAUGACGACGUUGAGAUUUCACUUAAGAAUUUAAGUGAGCAGACAAACAUGUCUAGCCUUGCUGCUCUUCAUUUUCCGAAGUCUGUUCUCUCAUUAGCUCAGCCAGCCGAAAUUCUCCAGAUAGUUGGCAAGAUGCAGGACGAAGAACGUGCCUGUAGGUUGUGUCUAGCUAAGAUAGCAAAUUCAACUGGCUUGUCUAAUACCACCGGUGGGCUUAAUUUGAGUCAAUCUGACUUGUUGCAAAUGAAGUUGAUCGACGCUGAAUAUCAGUUUGAUAGAAAAAAAUUGAUAUUUUAUUAUUCCACGAACAAGCGAAUUGAUUUCAGAGAUUUGGUAAGAGAGCUAUUUAGAAUUUACAAGACCAGGAUCUGGAUGUGUGCAGUAAUUGGAUUACCGUAUAUUAGUAAGCAGAACUUACCACAGAAACAACUGCAAGCAUACAAGCAGGAGACUAGCCCUACUUUGACGAGCCCUACUUUGGUGGGAAGCUCUUUCGUUCCACAGAAAGCAAUGACUAGCCAACAGAUUAAUAGCUCUAGUCAAUUUGGAAUCAGCUCAGCUUUAGGUGCCGGAUCGAAGCAGUCAAGUCAGAUGCAUAAUUUUGCACCUCAAUUUAAUUUACACCAAUCGUCGAAUGAAGUAUCGCCUCCUUUUCCAGUUGACCAGUUUCAGCUUUCUAUGAAUCCCAAUUUCCAGAUCCCGACUGGUCCGUAUGAUAUAUCUGGCCAAAGAAAACAGUCUUUUUCAGGCUCAUUCAAUUCAGAAUCCAUUCAGAUCCCAAGGAACUUUAUGAAUUCGAAGAAAGAAGAUAUCGACAGAAACUUGAAAACGGACGAUAGCGAGAGCAGUGGAGAAUCACUAGUGCUUAAGUCUUUAGUAGACUCAAUUAACCACUGA